UUUGAUGUGAAACUUUUCCUUGCUCCAAUCUCUCUCCACCUUGUAUUAUUUUCUCAUUUAACUUUCUUUCUCAGUAAACUAGUAGACCUUUAUCUCUUUCUCUUUCUCUCUAUAUCUGUUCAGACUGUACAAAAGUUUGUAGUAACUCCUCUGCUCCUCAUAAAAGCAGAUCCUUUGAAGAUCUCACUUGUACACUAUCAGAGGAACAGAAGUUGAGCAAUCAGAACUGAGACUACACUCUUACUAAGUGUUGUAAUCGACCUCGAGAUUUGGGCUGAUUGGUUUCUGCCUGAUUCAGAUCCAUUUCUGUUUUGUUUACACUUCAAAGGUGGGGUUCAAGGAGGAAUCAGCUUGAAUUUCUGAAGAUUGUAUCCUGGAUUCAAUCGCAAGUAACUUUUAUAGAAGUAUACAUGAAUUGCAUGAAUUUUCUGGUCAUGCCGGGGAGAUAAUCAAAGGUACUGUUGGAACUUGCUUAAGUUGUAGUCACCUUUGCAGUGAUUGUGCCUACUUAGGGAAGCUUUGGAAGUCAUUCUGUACAAAAGAUACAUAUGUUUUGCAUUGUUGGGAUGCUACUUGAUGCGUGUAUUCCUGCAAAUAUUGUGCUUUGGGCUUUACGUUGGUUAGGUCUGCUUAAUUAAAGAAGUUACUGAAAUACUAAUUAUUGACUUCUUUUAGGGUGGCAUCCUCCUGCUGUUGAUGUGGUGGUAAUAAGCAGCAAUGUAAUUUAUUUAAUUUGGUGCACGUACUGUUGCUCUUCAGUUGCUUGGAAUUGUAAUAUAACUAUUAUACUGCACUGGGAUUUGAAAUUUGUGUAACAUACAUUGUAAUAACAUGGAAGCUGAGACGGCAAAUACUAACCAGAAGCCUGGUGUUCUCAAUUUGCUACUUCCUGCCAUAUUACCUGUGCUUCUCAUUUCAAUUGGAUAUGUUGACCCUGGGAAGUGGGCAGCAAUUGUUGAAGGUGGUGCCCAUUUUGGGACUGAUCUGGUAGCACUAAUGCUGCUUUUCAAUUUUGCUGCUAUUUUGUGUCACUAUCUUUCAGCUCGUAUUGGUGUUGUCACAGGAAGCGAUCUUGCUCAGAUCUGUAGCAGGGAGUAUGACAAAUACACAUGCGUGCUCUUAGGAGUUCAAACAGAGCUUUCUGUGAUUUUGCUAGAUCUUACUAUGGUUUUGGGGAUUGCACAUGGGCUUAAUCUUUUGUUGGGGGUGUACCUGUCCACCAGCAUUUUUUUAGCAGCUGCUGAUGCUGUUUUUUAUCCAUUUUUUGCUGGACUCCAGGAGAGCAAGGCAAAUUUCCUGUGCAUAAGCAUGGCAGGGGUCCUGUUUGUUUCUUAUGUCCUUGGAGUGCUAAUCAGUCAACCAGAAACUCCAGUUUCUGUGAAUGGGAUGCUAACAAAAUUGAGUGGGGAGAGUACUUUCACUGUAAUGAGUCUUCUGGGAGCGAAUAUUAUGCCUCACAAUUUGUACCUCCAUUCUUCUAUCAUUCGGCAUUAUCAAGGGUGGCUAAAGAUCUCCAAGGACACUGUGUGUCAUUAUCAUUUUUUUGCCAUCUCAUGCAUCUUUUGUGGCAUUUAUCUGGUGAAUUUUGUGAUGAUGAACUCAGCAGCAAAUGUUUUCCACAGUACUGGACUUGUUUUGACUACAUUUCAGGAUGUGAUGGAUCAGGUAUUUAGGAACCCAGUCGCCCCCUUUGUAUUUCUACUGGUUCUAUUUCUUUCAAGUCAAAUCAGUGCACUGACCUGGAAUCUCAGCGGACAAGUAGUCUUACAUGACUUCCUCAAACUGGACAUACCCAGUUGGCUUCAUCGUGCUACGAUAAGAAUCAUCAGCAUGGUCCCAGCAUUUUUUUGCAUUUGGACUUCAGGAGCUGAAGGAAUAUAUCAGUUGCUCAUAUUCACACAGGUUAUGGUAGCUCUGUUGCUUCCUUCCUCUGUGAUUCCCCUAUUCAGGGUUGCUUCAUCAAGGUCAAUAAUGGGUGUCCAUAAAAUUUCUCAGUUUCUGGAAUUCUUAGUUCUGAUAACAUUUGGUGGGAUGCUAGUCUUGAAGCUCAUGUUUGUGAUUGAAAUGAUAUUUGGUAACAGUGACUGGGCUGGUAAUUUGAGGUGGAAUAUAGGGAGUAAUGCAUCUGUCCCUUUUGUUGUCCUUCUCAUCACUGCUUGUGCAUCACUUUGUUUGACGCUUUGGCUAUUGGCUACUCCUUUAAAAUCAGCAAGCUCCCUUAUCGAGAGGGAGGAAAAUGAUAGAAAUGAAACUAGAUAUUAUGGAGAGGAACCUGGCCAGAAUCAGGAAUUGGUUCCAGCAGCGGAAAAAUCCACAGAAAGUCAAUUAGAUACGUCUGUUACAAAUUUUGAUCCUGAUUUGCCUGAGAUAAUCAUGGAGUCUGAUCAGGAAAUUCUUUCAGGUAGUGUUCGGGAAAGCUGUUCUAAUAUUACAUUUCCUAGCUCUGCAAUAUGCCAUCAAGAGGAAACAGCGUCUGCAGAUGGUUCAUCAGCUGUCUCAAAUAUGCCGACGGAAUUUACUGGUAAUGAUCUCUUGGGCAACAAGACCUUGAUGUUUGAAUCACCAGUUCCUCGGGAGAAAACAGUGGGUAUGGAAGGAGAUUUAUCCACUGAAAAGAAUGAUGAUGGAGAUACCUGGGAUGCUGAAGAAUUAUCUAAAGAUGUCCCUGAGAGCACCUCAUCUUUCACUUCUGAUGGUCCAGGUUCAUUUAGGAGUCUUAGUAGGAAAGGUGAUGAGAGUGGGAAUGGUCCUGGAAGUCUUUCAAGAUUGGGGUUGGGGCGUGCUGCAAGGCGACAAUUAGCCUCAGCUCUUGAUGAGUUCUGGGGGCAGUUAUAUGACUUCCAUGGGCAAAUGGCUCAAGGAGCUAAGGCAAAGAAAUUGGACAUAUUGCUAGGGGUAGGGAUUGAUUCAAAGUUCGUUUCUUCAUUGAAAGUGGACCCUACUGUAAAGGAAUUAGGUGCUUUUUUCCCUUCUGUAGGAGGAAGGGGGUCUGAUUCUAUGUUAACUUCAAGUUUAUAUGACUCUCCGAAGCAGCUGAGGGUACAAAAUAGUGUUGAUUCAGCUUAUGGAGUUCAAAUAGGAUCUUCUCCGUUAUGGUCCAACCACAUGCAGUUAGAUGCAUAUGCUCAGAAUUCCAGCCGUGGUGUUCAUGAUUCUGGUGAGAGGAGGUACUCAAGUUUGCGCAUUCCAUUAGAAGAUUCUGGUGAGAGGAGGUACUCUAGUUUGCACAUUCCAUUAGAGGAUUCUGGUGAGAGGAGGUACUCUAGUUUGCACAUUCCAUCAGAAGACUCUGGUGAGAGGAGGUACUCUAGUUUGCACAUUCCUUUAGCAGACUCUGGUGAGAGACAGUACUCUAGUUUGUGCAUUCCAUCAGAAGACUCUGGUGAGAGGAGGUACUCUAGUUUGCGCAUUCCAUCAGAAGACUCUGGUGAGAGGAGGUACUCUAGUUUGCGCAUUCCGUCAGAAGACUCUGGUGAGAGGAGGUACUCUAGUUUGCACACUCCAUCAGAGGAUUCUGGUGAGAGGAGGUACUCUAGUUUGCGCAUUCCGUCAGAAGACUCUAGUGAGAGGAGGUACUCAAGUUUGCACAUUCCAUUGGAAGACUCUGGUGAGAGACGGUACUCUAGUUUGCGCAUUUCAUCAGAAGACUCUGGUGAGAGACGGUACUCCAGUAUGCGCAUUCCAUUGGGAGACUCUGGUGAAAGACUAUAUUCUAGUUUGCACAUUCCAUCGGAAGAAUCUGGUGAAAGACGGUACUCCAGUUUGCGGACUACAUCAUCUUCCAACGCCUGGAGUUUUCAGCCAACAACAGUACAUGGUUGUGGCAUUGCACAUUUCAGUCGAAUCGCUAGGGAAAGAAAUUCUGAUUACCUGAAUGGUCAAAGGGAGUCACCAGCCCCAAAAUCCCCUUCUUUGGUGCCUACAACCUGUGUAGAUGCACUUGCUUUUGCUAUGGAGCAGAAAUUGCAAAAUGGUACAAGCUCUGUCCAAGUGUCUGGAUACCAGAACUUUACAGUAUCUAGAAAUUGUCCAUUACAACCUGAAAGAUCAUAUUAUGGUGCUUCAUCUUCUGGACCUGUUGAUAGUAUAGUGGUGUCUGCAAAUGCAAAGAAAUUCCAUAGCUUGCCUGACAUAUCAGGUCUUUCUGUCCCCCUGCGGGAUCAAUAUAUAGCCAGUCAGAAUAUUCAGUGGGAUGGUUCAAGCGGAUACAAGUCAUCUGUUGGUUGGGCAAGUUAUGAGCCGUCUCUGUACUCAAAUCCUGGAUCCAGGGCGGGAGCUCCGUUGGCAUUUGAUGAGCUCUCUCCAUCAAAGGGAUACAGAGAUGCAUAUUCCUUACAGUUAAAUUCAAGUUCGGAUACAGGAUCCAUUUGGUCUAGACAGCCUUUUGAGCAGUUUGGUUUAGCUGAUAAAUGUCGGACUCUUGGAGAAGGACCUGAAAAUAGGUCAAAUACAAAUUCUCAAGAAGCUGUAUCUGUUUUAAAUUCAGAGACCAAGCUUCUUCAAUCAUUUAGGCUUUGUAUUCUGAAGCUUUUGAAAUUGGAAGGAUCUGAGUGGUUAUUUAGACCAAAUGAUGGGGCAGAUGAGGAUUUAAUCAAUCGAGUGGCAGCUAGGGAAAAGUUUCUGUGUGAAGCUGAAGCCAAAACAAGAGAGAUUCCAAUGGUUGAAUCUCAAUAUCUGUCUUCUGAAAGGAAUGUUCCUAACAUAGUGAAGAAUGAUGAUGCACGUUAUAACAACUUUCUGAUUUCCUCAGUUCCAAACUGUGGGGAUGACUGUGUAUGGAAAAUGGAUUUGAUUGUAAGCUUUGGGGUCUGGUGCAUUCACCGAAUUCUUAGUCUAUCACUCAUGGAAAGCCGGCCUGAGCUGUGGGGAAAAUACACUUAUGUGCUAAAUCGCCUUCAGGGUGUUAUAGAUCUGGCAUUCUUGAGGCCUCGCAUGCCAAUGACCCCUUGCUUUUGCCUUCAAAUUCCUGGCGGGCAUCAGCAAAGGUCAAGCCCGCCUACUUCAAAUGCUAUGUUGCCCCGUACUGCAAAACCAGGAAGAGGGAAAUGCACAACUGCAGCAAUACUUCUGGACAUCAUUAAGGACGUGGAGACUGCUAUAUCUUGUCGAAAGGGACGGUCAGGCACUGCUGCUGGUGAUGUGGCUUUCCCAAAGGGAAAAGAGAAUCUGGCAUCUGUUCUCAAACGCUACAGACGUCGACUGUCCAACAAACCUGCCGGCAAUCAUGACUCUGCCGGGUCAAGGAAGGUAUCAACAACAGCUCCUUACAGCUCAUAACUUAUGUCCACGGCCUCAACUGUAUCAAUGACUUUUGAGCUUCUAGAUUUUCAAAGGUAGCUCAAACUGUAUAUGAGGGUUGUUCAAUUGUUGCAAGGCACAGUCUUGGGUAUUAAAAGUUCAUGCUGCAAAUUUUAUCCCCAUGUAUGCUAUAUAUACAUAGGAUCAGAUUUACUGGACAUGUAAUUGCAGCAGUGUUAAUGAAAAUAGUUAGAAGAAAGAUGGAAAUUAAUAAUUGCAGUGCA